AUGAAGUCGAGUCUAAAUAUCACAGCCCCUCACAGAUAUAAGCAUUUGGAUAGCAAGCCUAAAAAGUAUCAACUACAAGAAGAUAGAUUUACCGAGAUUGAAAGAGAAAAUAGGCUUUUACUUGAGAAAAUGACUACUAUUAUGACAGCAAAACCUUAGAAUAGUUUGUUAAGAUCAUUUCAUAACAGGAAUAAUUUUGCCCCAAACUCUGGAAAAAGUAACAGGUCAAGGCAUUCUUUUUCUCAGAGCUCACAACACUCGAACAGAUCGCUGUCAAGUCAUUCCAAUAAGAGUCUUAACUACGUUAAGCGGAAAAGAGAUCAUGACAAGAUUGAGAAUGAGAAUAUCAGCAUAUUAAAGCGAUUGAGAGAUAGGAAGGCAACUUAUAAUGCAGUGCAGUGGGAGCGAGAUAACUAGAAGAGACAGCAGCGAUUGUUCAACAUAGCUGAAUUCCCAAGACCACUAGAGCUGCCUUAAAUCUAAGUAAAUCAAUGCAAGAUAUAAAUUUUUAUUUAGGCUGUGAAGGGUAAAAAGGGAUAAAUGAAACUGAAAAUUGUAAAUAAAAAGAGUACUAAUCUUAUGAUGUUCAAUAGCAGUAAGCCUAAUCUAAAAUCAAGACAGAUACCAGUAAAUAGGUAUAAUAAACUUAGUAUGGAUCAUCCACCUGUUUAUAAGAGACAUCAGAAAAGAUACAGGAGUACAGGAAAUCCAAACUACGCAAUAAGACAAAGUGAAUUCCUUAAUUCAUCUUUAAAUCAGCCUAUGACAAGUCUUAAUGAUUCAGAUUUUUUCAAAUCAAGAGAUGGUGGCACUUCUCUAACCAAAAGAGCAGCUAAAAUCAGAUUCCCUUCAACAACAAAGAAUGACCUUAGGCCUCUUAACUUGACAGCUCGGACAUAAUCAAGUCUUCCUAGUAGUGAGUAACUUAGAUUCCAGUACACAGCUGAAGUCAACAUAAAACGUGUAUAGGACUAACAACCACUUAUGGAAUUGGAAGAGAAAUCACAAAAGUACAAUGUAACUAUAAAGUUAAUAAAUCGCAAAAACACUCAGAUGCUCAUCAAAGCCAUGCUUUAAGACGGCAGUGGUGACUAUUUUGACAUUGUGAUUGAUGGCAAGGACAAGGUUCAGAACAUGAUCAAGCACUUCAAUUACAGUUACAAACUCAUUACUGAGCAUUUAAGAAUCAUGAACAAUAGAAUGAUUCUUAUCAAUCCUUAAGCAGUCAAAAAGGAUACCAUAUCUACUACUCGAGACAACUCGAAUAAUCAUGCUUAGACUAUGGAUCAUAUAGAUUUCACUAAUACAAGUACAGACCAACAAUAAAUGGAUUGA